UUUAUGGUACAUAUUAGUCUGCUAUGGUAGCCGAAAAGAAAUACUGGUAAUCAUUAUAUUUACAUGUACAUUAUUUUGUUAUUUAAGGUCGAGAGAUGCUGACAUCAUUAUUUCCAUUCCUGGGGUUAAAAAUGUUCAUUGUCAGUUAGAGCUUUGUCAAGGCGAGGUACUUUUCACAGAUUACAAUGGAGUGGAGAGAUUUCUUCAGUUUAAUGACAAGUUUUUUGUUAUGGACAGAGAAUUUAAGAUACACUUUGCAGCUGAACCAAUAGCCCCUGUCCAGCAGAUGGAAGAGUGUGGUCAGUUGAAGCAGCAAGGUGGCCAAGAACAGAUGAUGUACCAGCAGGUAAAGCAGCCUAUAUCCUCCAUCCAGGUAAAGAAACAACAGCCAAAUCUCUAUCAGCAGUCUGGUCAGUUACAGAAACCACAUUCAGUUUUUACAGGACCCCAGACCGGCCAGGAUUUUAAGACAGAUACACAUGAUGAUGAUGCCAUCAGUACUCAUGGGGACAUCAAUGAAGUCAUUAUUACACAUGGAGUAGACAAAGCCAUAACUACACAUGGGAACAACGAUGCCAUCAGUACACGUGGGAACAAUUAUGCUUUCAGUGCAUGUGGGAACAAUGAUGCCAUCAGUACACAUGGGAAUAAUGAUGCUUUCAGUGCAUGUGGGAACAAUGAUGCCUUCAUUACACGUGGGAACAAUGAUGCCUUCAUUACACGUGGGAACAAUGAUGCCAUCAGUACACAUGGGGACAAUGAUGCCAUCAGUACACAAGGGGACAAUGAUGCCUUCAGUACAUGUGGGAACAAUAAUGCCAUGAGUACACAUGGGGACAAUGAUGCCAUCAGUACACAAGGGGACAAUGAUGCCUUCAGUACACAAGGGGACAAUGAUGCCUUCAGUACAUGUGGGAACAAUGAUGCCAUCAGUAAACACUGGAACAACGAUGCCAUCAGUACACAUGGGAACAACGAUGCCUUUAGUACAUGUGGGAACAACGAUGCCAUCAGUACAUGUGGGUACAAUAAUGCCAUCAGUACACAUGGGAACAACAAUGCCAUCAGUACACAUGGGAACAAUGAUGCCAUCAGUACACAUGGGAACAAUAAUGCCAUCAGUACACAUGGGAACAAUGAUGCCAUCGGUACAUGUGGGAACAAUAAUGCCAUCAGUACACAAGGGAACUAUAAUGCCAUCAGUACACAUGGGGACAAUGAUGCCAUCAGUACACAAUGUUUGGCUUUGUUUAGUUUUUAGCUCGACUAUUAGAAAAAUAUUGCGAGCUAUUGUACUCCCCCCGGCAUUGGCGUUGGUUAAGGUUUUUGAUAAAGUCAAAUAUCUCUAUAACUAUUAUUAUUAUUAUUAUUAUUAUACCAGAUUUAUAUAGCGCCCUUUUCAUGAUCAAUUUCACGUUCAAAGGCGCUUUACAUAGUUCAAAUGCAGCCACACAGGGCGCAUAAUUCAUCCUCUACUAGUACAGACACAGAGCGAUCUGACCAGAGGGACAGAGUGAGACAAAGCCCCCACGACAGAGAGAUCAGAAAUCAGAUACAGGCUUGUCCGGCUAACUUAGCCUAGCUCGUUGCGAAUAGACAGCCUGGUUCUUUAACGUGCCCAGUGUAUAGCACUGAUACACGCAAGGAUUGCCUGGGUUCCUGACCAGUACACCUCUAGUUAGGUGGGAAACACUGAAAAGCGUUUCUGAAAAUUCCCGAGUAGCUGCUGGGGAUCGAACCCCCGGCCUCAGGAUUGGAAGGCCAGUGUGCAAACCACUGAGCUAUCCGUCCACCCAUCAAAGCUAUCAAAGCAUUUUACUUGAAACUCAAAGUAUAUCUUUACUUUUAAAGUCUUCAUCAGGAUAAACAAUCCCCAUAACUCUUAAUUGCAUUUUGACAGAAUUAUGCCCCUUUUUCGACUUAGAAUUUUUGGUUAAAGUUUUUGAUAAAGUCAAAUAUCUCUAUAACUUUCAAAGCUUUCUACUUGAAACUCAAAAUAUGUGUUUACUAUCAAAGUCUACAUCAGGAGACACAAUCCCCAUAACUCUGAAUUGCAUUUGACAGAAUU